CACUCGCAGCCUCUGCGCAUCAUUUAAGGGAAGCCCGGCUGUCGCUUUCCCCGGUCAGUCUAACCGCCUGGCUGCCGAAUAAUAACACAACCGCUCCAGCGAUACUCCACCACUUUUUUUUGUCCUUUUCUCUCUGUGUCCAAACCGUUCAACGUAAACCGACUCUCACCGACGUUAUAUGGAAAAUACGGGUCUGCCAGGCGCAUUUAUUCUCUGCUAUCCGAGAAGAAGCGCACGGUGGAAAACGUUUAUGAGGACUAAAAGAAACCAGCCGUGAUUCAUGGACGUCCAUCAUGAAAAUACUACAGCUACCAACAAGGGAGGACCUGGCAUGGACCGCUGUGUCUAAAUGAAGUGGCUCAGCCAUGCAAUGUUCCUGGAAGGCAGUGAUUCUGCUGGCCUUGGCCUCCAUUGCCAUCCAGUACACGGCCAUCCGGACACUCACCUCCAAGCCUUUCCAGCUGUGCCCGUUGCCCAGCCCCCAGAACUGUGGUCUGGGGGGGCAGGAGACAGAACCUCCCUUUGAGCGGGGAGCAGCAGGCGGUGGAGGCUGUGAUGACUACCCUUACUUUUCCAUCAAUGCCACCCGUAAAACGCACAUCCUGGUCCUGGCCACCACCCGUAGUGGCUCCUCCUUUGUUGGCCAGCUGCUCAACCAGCACCAGGAGGUUUUCUACCUGUUUGAGCCUCUUUAUCAUGUUCAGACCACACUGAUCCCACGUCUGUCCCACAGCCGCAAUGCUGCAGACCGGCGUGUGAUGCUUGGUGCCAGUCGAGACCUCCUGCGAAGCCUGUACGGUUGCGACCUCUAUUUCCUGGAGAGCUACAUCAAGCCGACGCCCACCAACCACACCACAGAUAAACUGUUCCGCCGUGGUGCCAGCCGAGCGUUGUGCCAGCAACCUGUAUGUGAUGCCUUCGGUCCUGCUGAUGUUAAUGUGGAGGAGGGGGACUGUGUUAAGAAAUGUGCGUCUCUUAACAUGACCUUAGCAACAGAAGCGUGCCGCGAGAAAAGGCACGUGGCAAUCAAGAUUGUCCGGGUGCCGGAAAUUGGAGAUCUGCGCGCCUUGGUGGAAGACCCACGGCUGAAUAUAAAAGUGAUUCAACUCGUCAGAGACCCGCGCGGUAUCCUGUCAUCACGGAUUGAGACAUUCAGGGAUACAUACCGUCUGUGGCGUAUUUGGAGAGCCACGGGGCGAAGGCCCUAUAAUCUAGACUUGAGUCAGCUUACAGUUGUCUGUGAAGACUUUCUCAGCUCUGUUUCAACUGGUCUCAGUCAUCCCUACUGGCUGAAAGGGAAAUACAUGUUGGUUCGCUAUGAGGAUUUGGCUAGAAAUCCACUUGUCAAGACAAAGGAGAUCUAUGACUAUCUGGGGCUGCCUAUGGAUAAAAAUGUGGAAGACUGGAUACAUGCAAACACUCGGGGUAGCAAUGAGCCCUCAGCAAAACACAAGUUUGGUACAGUGAGAGACUCAGCAGCCAAUGCAGAGAGUUGGCGUUUGAAACUGUCUUAUGACAUGGUAGAAUACACACAGACUGUGUGUCAAAAAGUACUUCACCAGCUGGGAUACAAGGCUGUGAAAUCAGUAGAGGAACUGAAAAACAUGUCCCUCUCACUGGUACAGGACAAAACUUUUGUACCUUUUUUGUAACAAAGAUAGUUCUCUAAUGACUAUUUUUGAUAUAUUUAUAAUUGUUGCCUUAUAAUUUCCUUAGUUUGUUGGUUUUGAUUCUGUCAUUUUGUUUCUUCAAAUUUGCACUAAACUUUAAAGAUUUUGAAUGCACCGAGGGAACUAUGGAUGAUUCCCCAAUGUUACAGAACAGCACACUUUAAACACAAAGUAAUCAAACAAGCUAGUUUACAAAUGUCUCAUUUAUUUAGUUUUUCCAUGAAUUGAACCAUGACAAGGCACCAUCAUCAUUAAUUUCCUGUAUGCAAGCUGUUGUUUCAACAAAAGUAAAAUGUUGCCCUUCAAAAAAAUGGGACAGGAGAUGGGAGAGGUCUGGUAAAACAGACAUUUUUUAGACCUGUGAUGGCAAAUUUGGACUGUACAAGCCCUACUGUGCAAUAAAUACUGAAUGUCGCAGUCAACCUUUACCACUAUGACAUUUCUAUCCAUGUGGGAAGAGAAGAGAUACUUCUGACAGAUGCCACAUUGCAAAGGAUAAUUGCAGACAAUUAAUAGGCUCUCAAGUUAAAGGGACAGAAUCCCACUGGAGGUCACGAGUGUUUCAUCAGAGGAUUUACAACCAUCUGUGAUAGACAAACAUACACUAAUGAGAGGUAAUGCUGAAAUCUUCAUUAUUGUGGGUAUAGAUUGCAUCUCAUUUUUCAAGAUGAUUAAAAACAUGGAUGUAGACAUCAUUUAGGUUCUAAUUCAAGUAGACACUGAAGCUGAUAAAGAACUGUAUUUGUCAAGUUUAUUUCUUUAUUUUUUAUUUGUAUUGUCUAUUUAUUUUAAAUAAUUCACAGAUUGAAAUUUACAACAGCCUCUUCUGUCUUAAAGUAAAAAUGUUUACGCCGCUGUAGUCCAUAGAUAAUAAGACAUUAUCUCAUCAGAUAAACAGUAAAGGAUUUCCUUGUUUCUGUGACGACUGAUGCGUAAUAUACAGAGAAGGUAUCAAAAAACACCCUGAAACAAAAAUAGCGUGUGCGUUCUCUCUGAAGUGCAAUGAUGCAGCUUUUUGACAGUUCAUGUGGGGAUGUUUAUCUUCCACAGGAAAAUGUCAUAACUGAGGGAAGUACUGUAUGUCUUUGUAGAAUAGGUUUCACUGCAAAUCCCCAUUUCCCAGGAUGUGUGGAUACUGUAGCUUAUACAACACAACAACUGCAUUUAUAAAGUAUGGCUGCAUUAGAUCACAUAUGAAAAGAGUAUUACAGUGAUACAGUGAUGACUCUCCAUAAUCUGGGACAAAUCCUCUGAUCAUUUUAGCAGCAGUUGGCGUGCUGUUACAACCAGGCAAUGUUAAAGGGUAAAAGGUCAAGGCUGAAAUACAGUACACACAGUCAUGUAAAAUAAUGUGCCCUUUUUCUGUCCUACUGCUUAUAAUAAUGCGGUGGACAGUU